AUAGAGAAUCUCUAAAAAUUUUGCUUUUUUUUUUCCCUUUCCCUGUCUUUCUGGGAUUUGUUGUUGUUUUUUGUAUUGCUAACAUAUUAGUAAGUGUCUUGAAGAAGUUUUAGGUUCCUACUUUUUAGAAACUGUAUUUUGCUUAAUUUGGAUUACCAUUCAAGUUUGUUUUUAUCUUAUGACAGCUUUACAUUGGAGUGCUUUAAAUUUUAGGAUGUUCUGUUUCAAAUAAAAUUUCACUUAUUGUUUUAGGCAGGUUUGUAUAGUCCUUUUGGGGAGGAGAGAGCUAAUUUGUUACUGUAUAGAAAUCUUUAGCAACUUUAACUUUAGGUGGUCUGUGCCCUAUUUUCUUAAAAUAAUGCAUUGAGUUCUUGCUGAAAAUGGCUGAAAUUAGACUUACUAAGGUAGAGCAAGGCCAAACCAAGAUUAGAAAUGUCCCAAUAGCUGUGACCCCUGAAGGUUUUUGGUGUUGUCCCUCUCCUGUUGUGUUCCAAAAGAGUCUUAAAUCACAAAAUCCUCUAAACAAACCCAAAUCCUCCUCACCACCACCCAAAACUACUGUUCAAAAGAAACAGAUCCCAUUAAAUGAGAAGAAGCCAAUGACCACUACAAUAAGGCCAGCAAUUACCUCUGAGGAUCAAAUAACUUUUACUCCAGAUAGUCCUGGUAUUAGUGAACCAAUUGUUCCUGAGAGGGUGCCAAGGCCUAAGGUAGAACAUGUGCCUAGGAAGGUAGCAAUUGAGUUUGGUGAACCUGGAACCAGUGAUAUGAAGGUGAUUCUACUUGGAAAGCAAGGGUUUUGUGUGAAAUUGAGUCUCCACAAGAAAGUUUUACUCGAGCAUAGCAGUUUUUUCACUGAUAAACUUUCUGAACAAGAGUCUCGUUUGUCCUGCCUCGAAAUUGAUGACUGCGAGGAUGUUGAAAUUUAUGUUGAAACUGUGGGACUGAUGUACUGCAAAGAAAUGAAGCAGCGAUUGAUCAAACAAAGUGUUUCACGAGUGCUCCGCAUUCUCAAGGUUGCUGAACUACUUGGCUUUAACUCAUGCAUACAAUCAUGCUUGGAGUACUUGGAAGCAGUUCCUUGGGUUGGCGAACAGGAAGAAGAAAAGGUGGUCUCCUCAGUUUUGCGACUCCAAGGUGAAGGUAUUGGGGUCACCCCAGUAUUAAAACGCAUCUCUUCUGAUGUCUCUAACCUCCCCAACGACACAAUUUCACACAUAAUGGACCUUGUUCUCAAAAGCAAUGAGGAGAGAGGCCGGCGGGAAAUGAAAUCCAUAGUAUUAAAGCUUCUUAGGGAGAAUAAUAGUCAUCCAAGUUACGCUUGUUCAGCUGACAUCUGCAAUGAAACUAUUUAUACAUCGUGCAGAAGCUGCUUGGAUUCACUUUUGUCUCUGUUCAAGCUAGCAGCUGAACCAGAAUUCGCUGAUAAACCCAUGGACACCAAAGAACUUGUGGUGAAACAAAUAGCUUUAGAGGCUGAUAAUCUCUCAUGGUUGCUUGACAUUUUGGCUGACAGGCAAGCAGCAGAUGAAUUUGCACUAAUGUGGGCUAGGCAGCAAGAUUUAGCAACAUUACAUUCCAAGCUGCCUAUUGUGUCUCGAUACCAUGUUAGCUGCAUUACGGCUAGGCUAUUUGUUGGAAUUGGAAAAGUAGAGUUGCUACCAGCUAAGGAUACUCGUCAGUUGUUGUUACAAACCUGGCUGCAGCCUUUGAUCAAUGACUAUAGCUGGUUGCAACAUCGCUGCAGGUCAUUUGAUAGGAAAGUUGUGGAAGAAGGCAUCGGUAGGACAAUCCUCACAUUACCUCUAGAGGAUCAGCGGAGUUUUCUGCUUGCUUGGUUGGGCAGUUUUCUGAAGGCUGGUGACAACUGCCCAAAUCUUCAGAGAGCCUUUGAGGUCUGGUGGCGCCGAACUUUCAUUAGACCUUAUGCAGAUGGCCAAGGCAAUGUUCUCCAGUCAGAUAGCUCAAUGACAUCAAAGCAGUAGAUUGAAGAAAUAACAAUAAAAGUGAGACCAUAUGUAAAUUAGUUGGAAUUACCUUUACAGUUUGCGGGGAACUUACUUCAGCUUAAAAUGGCGAUAAACUGAAACAUAAGUAAUUGUUGCCAUGUUGCAGUAUUUCUCCAUUGCCAUGGGUUGACAUGACAAGUCUCCUUGAGGUGGCGUGAUUUCAGUUAACUACAUGCUGAUGUUUUUGUGCUAGAAUUCAAUAUGGAAUGUAUGAAACCUACUUUGGAUUGACGAGUACUGGCUGAUUGUUUUGAUCUGGCAAUUCUCGGAAAGAAAUUUAAUUCUGAGGUUCUUUCCUGUGAACUUUCCAUCUGGCGUAAUACAUGGUUGUGCAUUUUUCUUGAGCAAAUGAAUGUUAUAAAUCCAAUUUUUCAUUAGAAUUUGGUCUGACAUUUUGGUUGAGUUGCAAAACUAUGAUUGAAUUCUGAAAUUUUUGUAUGAUCUGAGAACCAAAA